AUGUCAGCUCUUCACGCUGCUCCGGAUAUCUUUGAGAUCAAGCACAACGAUUCCGCAGAAGAGCCGCAGUUGAAAGACAAAUAUUCAUUGGGAGAGGAUGAUGAAGUAGUGUCUCAAAGCGACGCUCCGCAGGAGAGCGACUAUGAAGAGGAAGUGGACGAGUCGGUCAGAGAGGAUAUGAAGAAGCUUGAGAAUACAUUCCCAGGGAUCUCAGAUCGGUUUCGAUUGGUGAACAGGAUUGGAGAAGGCACCUUCUCCACAGUCUACAAAGCAGAGGACCUCCACUAUGAUGCGCACAAGAACGACUGGGAUGUCUUGACAUCCGCACAAGACAGCUACACAGAGCCUCCAUCCAAACGACGACGGGUCGAGGGCGAACAAGCUGGGCGGAAGAAGGCGAAGUAUGUCGCUUUGAAAAAGAUCUAUGUUACAAGUAGCCCGCUCCGUAUUCAGAACGAGUUGGAAUUGCUACAUGAUCUCCGGGGAUGCAGUUCUGUCUGCCCGCUGAUCACUGCUUUCCGAUAUCAGGAUCAAGUGGUCGCUGUGUUGCCCUAUUUCCCACAUACCGACUUUCGUAUUCAAUACCGCACAUUCAUGGUUGCAGACAUGCGCCAUUAUCUACUAUCUCUCUUGACUGCCUUGAACGCGGUCCAUGAUCAUGAGAUUCUUCACCGUGAUAUCAAGCCGACCAACUUCCUCUACAACCCAGAGUUGAAACAAGGUGUCCUAGUUGACUUUGGGCUUGCAGAGCGCCAAGGUUCAGAAUACGCCAGUCCAUGUCUAUGUACCCACCAAAGCUAUGCCCGGCGAAGCCGGAUCCUUUCUAGCUACUUCUCCAAGAACCCUCCGACGAAUGGAUUGUCGGCCGGUUACCCUAAGAAUGAUUCACGACCUUCACGACGUGCAAACCGGGCUGGCACUCGAGGCUUCCGUGCCCCCGAAGUUCUAUUCAAAUGCACCUCACAAACCACAAAGAUUGACAUGUGGUCAGUGGGUGUUAUCCUUUUGACUCUGCUGGGACGUCGGUUCCCGUUCUUCAACUCUGCCGACGAUAUCGAUGCAAUGAUUGAGAUGUCAAGCAUCUUCGGCACCCGGCGCAUGAAGGCGGCCGCCGCCAUGCACGGUCAGAUCUUUGAAACCAACAUUCCAACCAUCGGCGAGAAAGGCUACAGCUGGGAAAAGCUGGUGAAAUGGUCCAGCUGUGUGGAAGAUUUGACGGAAAGCGAGCUACAAGCAACCCGCCUGUUAUCUGGACUGAUGGAUCUAGAUCCGUCCAAGCGACUCAGUGCGGAGGAGGCUUUGCAGCACGAAUUCUUUACGGAUCCUGUCCACCAUGAUGUGAAAUGGGGUGGCCACCCGGAUCCGGAUGAUAGUGCUGAGUCGGCAGAAGAGGAGGAGGCAGACGAGGCCGAUGAGGUUGCCAUGCUAUGA